AAACGCGAGGCCCCGAGCAAGUGCCCUGCUCGACCUACAGGUCUACAUGUCUGCUGUAAACAAGAUGAAAAAAGUUGUCAUUGGAAAAUGUGGUAUUUAGGAAUAGUAGCCGCCACCAUUGAUUGAUAAGUGCUGUUUGUUUCAUAGUAUAAUGAAUAUAAGCAUGAAAUAUGCUUUGAAAUAAUAUUUUAUAAUAAUUUAUCUAUAGUCAUGGCUCAUGAGUCUUCUUUUAUUAUCAGUGGUUACUGGUUUGAAUAAUGGACUUCUACUAAAUAAAUAAUAAUUUUACAAUUAUUAUAGUAGCUAUUUAUUCAAUCAUGAGAGUUGAAACUGUAAAUAUUGUAAAUAAGCAAGACUAUGUGUGAUCCACCUCCAGAGAGACCAUCGGAAUCUGACUGUUGUGGUUCGGGUUGUGUACCAUGCGUUUUAGAUGUUUAUGAUGCAGAAUACGCUCGGUGGAAUAUUCGCCAGACAAAAAAGUCAGAUGAACUCAGAAGAGACCUGUUGUCAGUUACAAAAUAUAAAGCUUUUAAAAUAGCGGCCUUUGAACAGCUAAGUAAUGACACACGAUUGUAUACGUUUAUUGCGUACCCAACAGCCAACGGUCGAUUACCUAUUGCUUUUACUCAACAUAUACAUAUACAAGUAGACAAAAUCACAAGACCGUACACGCCAAUCGCUUUAGAGGAUAACUGCUCAUUUAAGGUGAUAAUAAAAGCAUAUUUAAACGGACAGUUUACUAGGAAACUAUUCAGCAAGGUCGUAGAUGAUAUCGUUCACGUUCGUGGACCAUCCGGAGGAGUACAAUUCACUGGUUAUGAUAGAAUAAUAAUGUUCUGUGGUGGAUCUGGUAUUGCUGCAUUUAUUGGACUCAUACGCACUAUAGUUGAAAAUGAAAAGUGUGAUACGUUAUUAGAUUUGCAUUAUUCAAGUAAAACUCCAAAUGACAUAUUAAUGCGAAAGACUUUAUCGGAUUUGGCAUCAUACUGGAAUUGUAAAAUAUCCUUGUAUCUAACUAGGCAUACUAAUUGGGCAGAGCGUUCAAAAACAUUUUGGUAUAACGAAACGGUUGUAGAAGGGAGAAUUACAAAAACUGUAAUUAGUGAACUUGUUAUUAAACAUCAAAAUUCAUUAUCGUUGUGGCUAGUUUGUGGUAAAGAUAAUUUCAACCAAUAUUGCAUGAACUAUUUAGAAAGCUAUGGCGUAAACAAAGAAUUCAUUAAAUUAUUUGAUAAUACAACAAACAAUUAAUUUGCUCUUUUAUUUUGUCGUCACUGCUAAUUUGUGAUUAAAUUGAUACAAUUUUAUAUAACAUCUACGUUCGUUUUACUACAUUGAUACUGAUUAUUUAUUAAUAAUCAUUUGUUAUAAAUACUGUCACGUUAUUAUUAUUAUAUAUAUUUUUGUUUUCAAUAAUACUGCUUUUGAUUUGUUUUGUUAAAUAUUUAUUAUGAUAAAUAAUUUUGUAAUUAAAACAAAUUAAUUAAUUUGCUCAACUAUUUAGUUAAAAUGUAUACAUUUCAAAUGUCACUGAAAUUGUUUAUAAUGUAAAUUGUAUGGUUACUGUGUCAAUUCUAUGAUACAAUUAGUUUUUAUUUAAGAGUUAAGAAUUUUUUCAUUUGUUGUUUGUUUAGCUUUUACUUUUGGACACACAUACUUGAUACUACAACCAUCAAUUAUAAAUAAUAUAUAAUCAAUGGUACAACUCGAGCCUAGUAAAAAAUUAACAAA